CCGGGGCUUGCUUCUCUCACUCCGAAAAUGUAAACACAACCGAUAGAAAAUCACAUUUUAUACAAAAAUAUUGGGUUAAAUUCUUGUAAAAGCUUGUUGUGUUCUUGAUGAAUGGAAAUAAAAUCCUUUUAAUGUGAUACAACUGGAGUCCUGGGAAGCAUGGCGUCAAAUUCUUUUAUGGAAAGGCUUCGUACCUUUCAUCCUCCUCUGCCGACAAACUUCACUUCACUCUCCAACUCCUACACUCCGAUGAAGUUUGCAGAAGCCGGCUGGGAACGUGAAGAGAAUGUCUUUCCCUGGUCAGAUGAGUUAAUAUGUCACUCUUGUAGUGUUAGGCACAGUGGAUGGUCAGGAGAAUCUCCAUUUGCUGCUCACCGAACCAAAAGUCCCAACUGUCGAUUUUUAAACACGACACCCAAUGCAACAACAUUAACAAGCAUCCCAUCCACUUCGAUCAAUGAGACAAACAGAGGAGCAGGUAUACAAGAACCAGAAACAAUAUCGUCCAUCUGUAACUUAUGUGUCUCAAACUCAAGUGAUAUAGACACUUUGAGAAGAAAGUUAUUCUUGAGUAGACUGAACAAUGAUGACUCUCGGACAUCAUACAGUAGACGUCAACUUAUUGUUCACCCUUUCAAACCUCUUGCUGGUGGGUAUCUCAUGUUGUUUGAAAGUCUCCGACUGACUACUUACAAUUCACCAAUCUCAGUUGAGGCAGCAAAAUGGUCAAGGGAUGGCUUCAUCAUGAUCUCUAACCUCCGAGCCCAGUGUGUUUUUUGUGGACUCCAGUUGGAGUUUGACGUGUGUGUUGACAUUGGACCUGUUCACAAGGAAAAGACACCUGAGUGUCCUUUUGUGUGCCACUUAGAUGUGGGAAAUAUUACUAGUGAAGUACAAAGGAGUAUUCUGGAGAAGGAGCGUUCAAAGCAUUUUGUGGACAUUAGUGAGCGGGAUUCUUCCGUGGUAAAACAGUACAGUAUCAUGUACCCAGAGUUUGAGAGUUCAGCAGACCGAUUUGGUACCUUUAGUUUGUGGCCAAAGAUCCUGAAAGGAAUGUUUCCUCCUGAUGUUAUGGCUGAUGCAGGUUUUUACUAUACAGGUCACAAUGACAUGGUACGUUGUUUCUCCUGUGGUGUUGAACUCUUUGACUGGAUACCUGGUGCUGACCCCCUGACCCAGCAUGCCUGUGCCUCUCCUUUCUGUUACUUCUUGCAGCAGAACAAAGGUCAAGAGUUUAUCAAUGGCGCUCAACAUCAAGAGCUUGUGGUUGGCAUUAAACAAGACAGUCAAGCUCAAGAUCUGGAGGCAGCUACAUUAUCCACCACACCAACUACCGCAGCAACAUCAAACCCAUCAUCAUCAUCGCCACCCCCAGCUGGUCCCAGACCGUACCUGGAUCUGGAGUCUAUCUCUGCAGCUCGUGCACGUGGUCAGUUCCCCGACUCUCCCCUCCUGCUGGGUCUGCUCAAGGCCGGCACUGACAACCACAAGACGCUCUGUGACAAGACUCAGGAAAACCUGGACAUCAAGUCGGAGAACCAGGUCAUUAAGUCAGAGAACCAGGUCAUUAAGUCAGAGGUGAAGGCCAAGGACACAGAGAUCCAGGCCAAGGACACAGAGAUCCAGGCCAAGGAGAGAGAACUCCAGCGUCAGAGGUUUGAGCGUCACUGGCGUGAGCUGGCCAUGAAGACAGAACUGGAGCAGGUGAUAGAAGAGAAAGACCAAGUGAUAGAAAAGAAUCUACAGGUGAUAGAAAAGAAAGACCAGGUGAUAGAAAAGAAUCUACAGGUGAUAGAAAAGAAAGACGAAGCACUCCACAGCAAAGACCUACAACUGUCCAUGCUGAGACAAGAGCUAGAGGAAAUACGUGAACGACUCAGACCUCAGUCAGCUCCCUUGGACAGACUGGACACUGAUGCUGAAGACCAAUCUGGUGACCCCGAUGUGAGAGAAAGUCAGAACACCAGUCGCAACGAGGAUGUAAAUCUGGUGACUUGCCAGAUGUGUCUUGACGCACCCAUGCAGGUCUUGCUGCGUCCGUGUAACCAUCUGUGCUGCUGUGCUCUGUGUGUUUCCAAACUGGACGGACGAUGCCCCAUUUGUCGACAAAUUACCACAGACAUGGAGAAAGUCUAUGUGUCUUGAAUUAGGACAUGUUCAUAUUCAUUCUAUCACUUUAGUUUAAGGUAUUAUACAUAUUUACUGGUACGAACUGUAUCAUGGAAGUCUGUACAUUUUAUUGUUGCAACAUGGCUUAAUAGA